AUAUUAGUCAUCUUUUGAGAAGUCAUAAAACAUACAAAUUCUGAACAAUAAUAUAUACUAAGUUUUUUUUAAAUAAAUUUCUAUACAGCAAAAAGUAACAACAAUGAAUCGUUUAUUUGGCAAAGGAAAAGCCAAGGAACCUCCACCAAAUAUUAAUGAUUGCAUUAAAGGGGUCGAUGAACGUGCCUCAAAUAUUGAAGAAAAGAUUAACAAAUUAGAAAAUGAGCUGCGCAAAUAUCGUGAACAAAUGUCCAAAAUGCGAGAUGGACCCGCCAAGAAUUCCGUCAAGCAAAAGGCAAUGCGUGUUUUGAAACAAAAGAAAGCUUAUGAACAACAGGCUGAAGCUUUGCGUAAUCAAUCAUUUAACAUGGAACAAGCCAACUAUGCUGCACAAUCACUUAAGGAUACUCAAGCUACGGUAGUAGCCAUGAAGGCUGGUGUUAAACAAAUGCAAAAAGAAUUCAAGAAAAUCAAUAUUGAAGAAAUCGAGGACAUACAUGAUGACAUGGCCGAUAUGUUAGAACAAGCCGAUGAUGUUCAAGAAGUCAUGGGUCGCACUUAUGGCAUGCCCGAAGUGGAUGACGAUGAGUUGGAAGCUGAAUUGGAUGCCUUGGGUGAUGAAAUAGCUUUAGAUGAUGAUACCAGUUACUUAGAUGAUGUUGUGAAAGCUCCAUCCGCUCCGGACAGGGAGCCCGGAGCUGACAGUCUUGUGCCAGGUGGAAAGAAUACCAUCGAAACUGAUGAAUUUGGAUUGCCUAAAGUACCCACAUCUGUGAAAACAUAGUUCUGCUGCUGUUACAUUUACGAAUAUGAGUUAUUUUUAAGUUUUAUUUUUUGUCAUGCAAACUCACCUUUACAGCUUUUAUAAAACAGUAAUCGUUAAUAUAUGAAAAUGUAAUUCGAAACCAAAAGAACUGUUUUUAAAUAAAGGCAGGUGGCCAUA